AGAUCUGUUGAAAAACAUUCAAGAAUAUAAAGUUUAGAUGACCAAAAUGGAUAUCCGAGGUGCCGUGGAUGCCGCUGUCCCAACCAACAUUAUUGCUGCCAAGGCUGCAGAAGUUCGUGCUAACAAAGUAAACUGGCAGUCCUAUCUUCAGGGACAGAUGAUUUCUGCUGAAGACUGUGAAUUUAUUCAAAGGUUCGAAAUGAAAAGAAGUCCUGAAGAGAAACAAGAGAUGCUUCAAACAGAAGGCAGCCAGUGUGCUAAAACAUUUAUAAACCUGAUGACUCAUAUCUCCAAAGAACAGACUGUUCAGUAUAUACUAACUAUGGUUGAUGAUAUGUUGCAGGUAGGUAUAUUCUUUCAGGAUCCCUUUACUGUUCACAUGGCAGCAAGAAUCAUUGCCAAGUUAGCAGCUUGGGGCAAAGAAUUGAUGGAAGGCAGUGACUUAAAUUACUAUUUCAACUGGAUAAAAACUCAGCUGAGUUCACAGAAACUGCGUGGUAGCGGUGUUGCUGUUGAAACAGGAACAGUGUCUUCAAGUGAUAGUUCUCAGUACGUGCAGUGUGUUGCUGGGUGCCUGCAGCUGAUGCUCCGGGUCAAUGAAUACCGAUUUGCCUGGGUAGAAGCAGAUGGGGUAAACUGCAUCAUGGGAGUUUUGAGUAACAAGUGUGGUUUUCAACUGCAAUAUCAAAUGAUCUUUUCAAUAUGGCUCCUGGCAUUCAGUCCUCAAAUGUGUGAACACCUGCGGCGCUAUAAUAUCAUUCCAGUUCUGUCCGAUAUUCUUCAAGAAUCUGUCAAAGAGAAAGUAACAAGAAUCAUUCUUGCUGCAUUUCGUAACUUUUUAGAAAAAUCAACGGAAAGAGAGACUCGCCAAGAAUAUGCUCUGGCUAUGAUUCAGUGCAAAGUUCUGAAACAGUUGGAGAACUUGGAACAGCAGAAGUAUGAUGACGAAGAUAUCAGCGAAGAUAUCAAAUUUCUUUUGGAGAAACUUGGGGAGAGUGUCCAGGACCUUAGCUCAUUUGAUGAAUAUAGUUCAGAACUUAAAUCUGGAAGGUUGGAAUGGAGUCCUGUGCACAAAUCUGAGAAAUUUUGGAGAGAGAAUUCUGUGAGGUUAAAUGAGAAGAAUUAUGAACUCUUGAAAAUCUUGACAAAACUUUUGGAGGUGUCAGAUGAUCCCCAAGUCUUAGCUGUUGCUGCCCAUGAUGUUGGAGAAUAUGUGAGGCAUUACCCACGAGGCAAACGGGUCAUUGAGCAGCUUGGUGGGAAGCAGCUGGUAAUGAACCACAUGCAUCAUGAAGACCAGCAGGUCCGCUAUAAUGCUCUGCUGGCUGUGCAGAAGCUCAUGGUGCACAACUGGGAAUACCUUGGCAAACAGCUCCAGUCUGAGCAACCGCAGACAGCCACUGCACGAAGCUGAGCCAAGCCCAGCUCCCUUUGGCCUGCAACCGACACCGCUAGUGGAAGCCUCUGCCUGCAGGGUCCAGAGUAAAUAUUUUCUGAUUUUACCUGUCGUUUCCUUCUGUUGUUUAGCUUUGCCCAAUGCCGAUUUCUGAAAAAAGUGUUUGCCUAAGUUGUAUAAAAGUAGCUGUAUUCUGUAUCUAAGGAAAAUAUUAUUGUUACACACACUGCUUGCAAUUUCUGUAUUUAUUGUUCUCUAGAAAUGAAUAUAGUUAUUAAAGGAUUCUCAUUCCAAACA